AUGGCCACUUUGCGCCUCGCUUCGACGCCCACAGGCGUUCGCGCCGCCGCCGCCGUCGCCGCAGCAUCAUCCCCGCUGACCUGGUCUUCCUGCGCAAUCCCAACGAGCGCCUCCCCGCAGACACCGAACGUCCCGAUACACCCUUCCGCCGUUGUAGCUUCCGCAGCAGCUGCUGCUGCGGUAGCCACAGCUACAGUGCCGGGCCCGGUUUCGUCACCGCCUCCGUUUGUUCUCGCGCGCGAGAGACCGAAGGAGAGUGAGCUUCCAAAGCGGUACUUCAACCCCUCCAACACAGCGUUCUCCGAGUCGGGUGGGAAGCCGAGUAAGAAUCCUGGCAAUGAGAACAACGCCUGCCUGGGGAAAACACUACGCAUCCUCCAAGACCACCUGCCGACAGUCCUUCAAUCACCUCUCCCCCAAGAGAUCCUCGCACCGAACAUCUCCCUGCACCUUUUCCCGACAACGCACCCGCAUCUUCCCACCGUCUCCGGCAGGGUAGCCUACACCGCCGCCCUCUGGAGCGCCCCGAUCGCCUGGAACAGACUGCCGUUAGUCGGCAACGUGCGGCUAUCCAUCAUCUCGGAGCGCGUCACGAAGCAUCCCCUGCACUUCGCCCCCUUGCGCGCUGGGGCUUUGCCUGAGCAGCUUGUUGUUAGGUGGUGUGCCGGCGGGAAGAAUGGCUCGAGCACGACACCGACAACCGAUGGCAAGGCGGCACGGAGGGAUGACGAUAAGGCUUUCACGGGGCUCUUCGUAUUCCAGUUCGACGCUGACGGGAGGAUAUUAAGUCAUACCAUCGAGACGGUGCAGGAGGGUGGUGAUUGGGAGAAAGGUGUGGGCGCCAAGGUUGUCGGCCUGACGGAUUGGUUGCUCGGCGGUAUGAGGAGGGGAGGAGACAGUCCUAGUCCCGCGUUCGAGGGGCUGGGUAAGAAGGACUAA